AUGACAAAGUCAAUGCGCGUCGCUGCUAAGGCAGCCAAGAGCUCGGCUGCACGCCUGUGUGCAGCCGCUACUGAGGCUUCACAGCCUCAGCCAGCAGACACUAAUGUGUCUGCUGGAAGUCAACAUCAGCCUGCAACGCCUGUUGCAGGUUCACGUAGCGCUUCGCCACGUGAAGAUGUUGACCCAGAGUUAGUCGUUGACUACUCAGGUGAGUCGGAUGACGCAUCCGGCUCAAAGUCACCUAUUCCACUCCCGGGCUCUCCCCGGGGUGACACCUCGUCGUCUAAUGCUACGAAGAGGGAUCGUGGUACAUUGAGUGAAUCAAUGUACCGUGAAAUGUUCGGGUCGUCUGAUGAAUCAGACGACUCGCCAAACGAGUCGAAGGAUAGUGACUCGGGUGGGGACCGUAAGGGUGAUGUCAGUGCUUCUACUGACAUCAAUAAUCAUAGUGUCGGUACUUCUGUUGACACUAAUGCUCGUGGUGUCGGUACUUCUGUUGACACCAUGCAGGAGGCUUUAGACCGCAACGUAUUGCGUCUUGCUCCUGAUCGCAAGCCAUGGAUGCUACCUAAGCAUCUGCUUGAUCGUUGGUCUGGAAAGACCAACGAACGGUUCUCCAUACCGUUGUUUGAUGCGUCAAAGCUUCACGGCCUUGACGCCAGUGCGAAGAACUUUCGCACUGAGAACGAUUAUUACAUCGAUGUGUUCCUUGAACAUCGAUGGUAUGGCCCACACAAGAAGCGUGAGGCUGACGCGUUCCUCCAAUCUUGGAACGCGUUUAUCACCAACGUUUUAAACGUUGGGAAAGAGGCUUGGCCUGUUAUGCCUCUCUUGGGGCGACCAAUGCCCGGGGUGCCUGAGCACCUCGUCAAAAGCGCCUAA